AUUCUUUUCCGGCUUCUCCGGGGACACCUAUGACUCGUGGGGCUUCGCGCUCGACGUCUUUAAGUGGGCAGCGCGCAUGCGCCGGCUUCCUCUUUUCCGACUGGAACCAUGGAAGGCGCAGAAGAGAAGAAAAAGAAGGUCCCUGCUAAGCCGGCAGCAGCUGCCGCUGGAGCGAAGAAAAAGAAGCUUCCUGAUGUGCCAGAAACCCUGAAGAAAAAGCGAAAGAAUUUUGCAGAGCUGAAGAUCAAGCGCCUGCGAAAGAAGUUUGCUCAAAAGAUGCUUCGAAAGGCGAGGAGGAAGCUGAUCUAUGAGAAAGCUAAGCAUUAUCACAAGGAGUAUAGGCAGAUGUACAGGACGGAGAUUCGCAUGGCUAGGAUGGCGAGGAAAGCUGGCAACUUCUACGUCCCUGCGGAACCCAAAUUGGCCUUUGUCAUCAGAAUCAGAGGUAUCAAUGGUGUGAGCCCCAAGGUCCGAAAGGUGCUACAGCUUCUCCGCCUUCGCCAGAUCUUCAAUGGUACCUUUGUUAAACUCAACAAGGCUUCGAUUAACAUGCUGAGGAUCGUGGAACCCUAUAUUGCAUGGGGGUACCCAAACCUGAAGUCAGUAAAUGAAUUGAUCUACAAGCGUGGUUAUGGCAAAAUCCACAAGAAGCGAAUUGCACUAACGGAUAAUGCACUGAUCGCGCGAACUCUGGGUAAAUAUGGCAUCGUCUGCAUGGAGGAUCUGAUUCAUGAGAUCUAUACUGUUGGAAAGCGCUUCAAAGAGGCAAACAACUUCCUCUGGCCCUUCAAAUUAUCUUCUCCCAGGGGUGGGAUGAAGAAAAAGACCACCCAUUUUGUAGAAGGUGGAGAUGCUGGCAAUAGAGAAGACCAGAUCAACCGGCUGAUUAGACGGAUGAACUAAGGUAUCUACCAUAUUUUUAUAAUCUGGUCAGUUAAUAAACGAUUACUUUCAAAUUGAAAUGAA